ACACAGACAAAAGAACUAGAGAUAUCCAUGCACCAGGCGUUCGUGCUGUUGCUGUUGAAUAAAAACGACAAACUGACCAUAGGACAAGUGCAGCAGCACACAGGACUAGGUACGGUGGAGUUGGAGCGUGUGCUGCUGAGUUUGGCCUGCGGGAAGAAGAACACGCGCGUGCUGCUGAAGACGCCAAAGAGUGACUCUGUGGCAGCAACAGACGUCUUUACGGUCAACGAGAAGUUCGAUAACAAGCUUCGCAGAGUCAAGAUCCUGCAGAUCCAGUUGAAGGAAACAAUCGACGAACAACGUGCCACACAGGAACAAGUGUUCCAGGACAGGCAACACCAGGUGGACGCGUGCAUUGUGCGCAUUAUGAAGACCCGCAAAACCAUGGGCCACCAACUGCUCAUCGGCGCCAUUCUGGAGAUACUCAAGCUGCCCAUUAAGCCCACUGAUCUGAAGAAGCGCAUUGAGAGUCUGAUCGACCGAGAGUACUUGGAACGCGACGAAAAUGACUCGACCAAGUACCACUACAUGGCCUGAGCGAACUUCGAUACAGAAGCUGUGGGACACGCUCGACUACAUGCGGCGAAAAGAGUCGCCAGGCGAGGGUAGAGUGCUGAUGUGGCAUAAGGGGAAUAUGAUCAGGGUCAACAUCCAUGAUACACGAUGCGUUUUAAUGGAACUCAAUGAGUGUGCUACGUGCACACCAGUCAUCCACCAACUCGGCGAAAAGCGCAGCAAGUAUGUGCAGGCGCAUCAUAGCAUGGGCGUAUCCAGGCAGAUGUUUCCAAGGCAACGAGGCGUCAUUCCGUAUCCAACACAGCCGAUUAAUGAGCACUGUGGUCUGCUUCUAUCUCUCCACUAUAGAGGAACAUACUGAAUUUCUGUACGUUCAGCCAGAGCUAGAGAUACCUUGAACUUGACACUGACAGUUAGGGGAUAACCUCCCACGGCUAACGAAUGGCUAGCGUGGCUCACCAGGGCCUGUGAGAACGAACCGCGUAGGUGUACUGCAUAUGGCCUUUAGAGCUUCCACCAUGGGGGUCUGGUUUUAACCUCCUCGGCAAUGUCGUGUGCAUGCAUAGAUCAGUCAGCCCCUCCGACUCAUGAGAUGUACUGUCUCGCCGCGCUACCGUCCUCGUAUGUAUAAUGUGUGCGUGAGAACACACUCAUUUCGAAUAUCCUGUAUAAGGGGCUUCCAUGCGAUUACCGGGAGACCAAUGAACUUGCGACGCCAAAAGUUGUCCAUGACUCUACUCCGCGGAAGCACGAUGCGAGGAACUGGUGCUGACAACGCAGAUCUGCACCAGCGUAAAAUCACAACGGAUUAUAACGUGAUUCGUGGGAUCACAGACUACGGCUGAAAGACUUGGAAAUCGAGACAGGCCAUUGCUUGGAAUGGUCAAGCGGUACGCUCGGUUGUGGUCAUCUCGCUCAAUGCUGGAUCACAUGGGAUCGUUGCGAGUAGAGACUAAGAGGUGUAAUGAGCGAUGCACACAGGACAGACGAUGCGCAGUAAAAUAAACCACGUGCAGAUGUAUGGAACUGAAUUGAUGUGCGCAGUGGUCAUCUGGUUGGCAUAUAUUGUAGACAAUAAAGGUAUAAUCCAACGUGCA